UUCUCCGCUUCAUCAUGUCGACAGAUACUGGACCACGCUUAGCUGCGACGGUCAUCGUCCUGUCUGUAAUGGCCUACCCAUUACUGGCGUUGCGAAUCUACAUCAGAUUGAGCACCCGAGCAUGGGGUGCCGACGACUGGUCGAUGCUAUUCGCUGCCGUACCGUUUACUGCCUUGACGAUAGCAUGUCUUGGUGGUGCUUUCAACGGCAUCGGUGGGCACGAAGCUGAGUUGGGCGAAAAGCAGGUCUCUGAGGGUCUUCAUGUAAGCCAUCGUCAAUUGUACCAUAUAUCCCGUGGAGAGCUGACCAUUAUCAGUNGGUUCUUUUUCUUCGAAGUCUUUUACUGCAUUGCAAUUGUGCCCAUCAAGCUCAGUAUCUCAUUGAUGGAGAUGCGAAUUGCGAGCAGCAAGAAAAGCUUUGUCAUCUCGCUUUGGGUCACCUCUGCCAUGUUCAUCGUGAUGAACGUUAUUUCUCUAUUCGUCAUCAUCUUCCACUGCAAUCCCAUCUCAUGGGCGUGGGACACAUCAACUCCUGGAGGAAGCUGUAAUUCUCCAACCACCCUUACCAACAUCUAUUAUGCCGACACUGCCGUCAACAUUUUCACUGACUGGUUCUGCGCAUUACUCUUGGGUGUUCUGGCCAGUCUUUCUGCUUGCAUUCGUCUCAAAUACACCGUCAACCUGAACAACUCCACAGACUACAUCCAUGGCGUUGGCGAUAUCGUCAUUUGGGGCUACGCCGAGAACGGUAUCGGUAUGGUGGUCGGCUGCCUGAGUACCUUACGCCCUCUGUUCCGUCGCGUCUUCCAUCUCGGCAGCUCAGCACCAGAUGCUUCCUCCAAGAUGAACGGAACCCGCUCAAAGGUUGGCCGCCGCAACUACGUCAACUGCGAGGCUGGAUACGAACUUCCUGAGGGCGUGCGCCCUGUAGAUAGAGACGUCAUUGUCAAGGGAGGCACCGUCAAGGAGAACAGCAUCCGCGACUCUGAUUCCGAGGAACACAUUCUCUCGGACUACCCUGGCAUCAAGAUGACAAGGAGUGUCUUGCAAGAGACAAGUUUUGCCACCACAUCUACUACUGGAACCAGUCCG